AUGGCGUCCAAACCUGGCAUACUCACUCACUGGCCAUGGAAGCCUCUUGGAACUUUUAAGUGGGUAAUUUUGGCACCAUGGAUUGCACACAGCACCUACUCUUUUCUCGUGAAAGAUCCAAAGGAGAGGGACCUUCUUUACUUUCUUCUGUUCCCGUUGGUGAUGAUCAGAAUUCUACACCACCAAAUUUGGAUCACACUUUCUCGCUAUCUUACUGCCAAAGGCAAAAACAGAAUUGUUGACCGGAGCAUUGACUUUGAACAAGUUGAUCGAGAAAGCACUUGGGAUGACCUAAUCUUGCUAAAUGGGAUUAUGAGUUACAUAGUUUACAUGGUAUCUCCAGAAGCUUCACACUUACCCUUAUGGAGAAUGGAUGGUGCAGUUUUGGUGUUAGUGCUUCAUGUGGGACCAGUAGAGUUUCUUUAUUACUGGUUUCACAGAGCACUUCAUCACCACUUCCUUUACUCUCGAUAUCAUUCUCACCACCAUUCUUCCAUUGUUACAGAACCUAUUACUGCUGUGGUCCAUCCUUUUGCCGAAAAUAUGGCGUAUAGUCUACUAUUCGCAAUUCCUCUAUACACAGCAGUUAUAACGAGGACAUUAUCCAUAACAACUCUCUUUGGUUAUAUUACAUAUAUCGACUUCAUGAACAAUAUGGGUCACUGCAAUUUUGAGUUCAUUCCCAAGCCCUUCUUUUCCAUCUUCCCCUUCUUCAAAUAUCUCAUCUAUUCACCAACGUUCCACUCACUGCACCACACUCAAUUUCGAACUAACUACUCACUGUUCAUGCCCAUAUAUGAUUACAUUUAUGGAACCAUGGAUAAAAGUACGGACACAAGAUAUGAAAUGUCAUUAUUAAUGAAAAAAGAAAAAGAAAGAGUUGAUGUGGUACACCUAACACACUUUACAACCCUUAAUUCCAUAUAUCUGAAUAAAUAUCAAAGGAAAACAUUAAACAGGCUGAUAGAAGAUGCAAUACUUGAGGCAGAGAAAAACGGAGUUAAGGUCUUAAGUUUGGGCCUUUUAAACCAGGGAGAUAAACUGAAUAAAUAUGGUGAGCUUUACAUAAAGAGCAAUACCAACCUUAAAAUAAAGAUUGUGGAUGGAAGCAGCUUAGUGGUGGCCAUUGUUGUUAACAGCAUUCCCAAAGAAGCAACCCAAAUUUUAAUUUGUGGUAAAUUUAAUAAGGUUUCCUAUGCCAUUGCCAAUGCUUUAUGUGAAAGGGGAAUCAAGAUUACAACCAUAUACAACGAUGAUUAUGAAAGACUUCAAUCAAGAAUCUCCACCAACUUCAAAAAGAACUUGGUUUUUCCUGGAUCCUGUGCUGCAAAGAUAUGGUUAGUGGGGGACCAAUUUAACGAGGCUGAACAAAAGAUGGCCCCAAAAGGAACAUUGUUCAUACCUUUCUCUCAAUUCUCUCCAAAGAAACUGCGUAAAGAUUGCUUCUACCACAUCACACCAUCCAUGGAAAUUCCCUCUUCUUUAUUGAAUGUCCACUCUUGUGAGAAUUGGCUGCCAAGAAGAGUGCUAAGUGCAUGGCGUAUCGCGGGAAUAAUGCAUGCGUUGGAAGGUUGGGACGUUAAUGAAUGUGGAGACAUGAUGUUUAGCAUUCACAAAAUAUGGGAAGCAAGUCUUCAAUAUGGGUUUAGGCCAUUGAAGAUUAAUCAUCCUUGCUUCAAUCCAUAAAUUGAUCAGCAUAUCUCCUAAAACAAAUUUCAAUAAUAUAGCUCCUUGCUUCUGAUAUAUUUGAAGAAACAAUAUGUUAUUAUUCUAAACUAUGUUGCUUGUUGUGAAAUUGUAUUCGUUAUUCUACUCGAAUAAUCAUAUUGUCUGCACUA